UAGUUGCACUUGCACAUCCAUGUAGGAUACUCCCCAACAGGAAACAACGACCUGCAAGUCAGAAGGCGCCUCUUCUCUGGUUGGCAUCCAGAUCGCUCCCUCCUGUGUGUGGCGUAAACCCGGUGCUGCUGCCUCUUGUUCCAAGACUAAUUUAAGACAGCGCUUUGAACCCUGAGCCCAGUGUGCUGGAGUUGAGUUAGGUGCGCUGCUUAGUUAGCCCACGGUGCCUGAUUAGAGUUUUGUUGCUGGACUACACCAACGAAACAAAACUUUUUGGGUUAUCUUCUGUUCAUCAAGAGGACUUUGAAGCAAGAUUUCAGAAUGGAUACAGCCAGCGAAUCUAUCGGGGAGAGUAAGCCGGUGUGUCAGUGUGUGCCCAAGUCUGGGCUCCAGCGGUGGCUCCCAGGUUUUCCCAUCGCUCUCUGCUUGCUGAUGUCCCUGAGCUCCAUCACCGUGUGUCUUCUGAUGAGCCUCAAGACCUACCAGCUGGAGAACCGACUGCAAAUGGAGAUGGAAAAAGAGUCCAUCUUCCACCCGCCGCACGGAGCUUGUCUAAACGAGGAUGGGACCCUAAUUCCAGAGCUGAGUACCUCAAUAGGGAAUCUCGUUGAAGAGAAAGUUGUGGUGCUGAUGCCGAAAUUGCGGACAACUAGGGAAACACAAGAGUGCUCCUGUCCUCCAGGGCCUCCAGGGAAGCGUGGACGCAUGGGAAGAAGAGGCGAACCUGGUAAGUGACACCCACCACCUGGCAAGGCUGGACGGGAUGGAUACCCGGGCCCUCUCGGCUUGGAUGGGAAACCAGGUUUCCCAGGUGCCAAGGGAAGUCAGGGACCAGCCGGACCCAAGGGAGAAAAGGGUGACCAAGGAGACAUUGGGCCAAGGAUGGUCUUCCCCAGAUAUGAUCAUGGCUUUCUCUCUGGAGAGCAGUCUACUAGCUUUCAGAGACGCUUUCUGAAGGGUGACCAAGGCCAGGCUGGGCCUGCUGGUCCUCCCGGUCCUCCAGGUCCCCCCGGUCCUAGGGGCCCCCCUGGGAACACAGGCAAGGACGGGCCACGUGGCCCUGCGGGCGAGCCGGGUUUUCCAGGUCGUGAUGGCGUUGAGGGGGCUCAAGGAUCGCCUGGGAAGCCAGGAGAAGAUGGUGAGCCCGGCUAUCCAGGACCACAGGGUCCUCCAGGAGCAAAGGGCGAGGCAGGUAGAGGAGAAAAAGGAGAAAGAGGCAUGGAUGGACUCCCAGGAUUUAAGGGAGAUAAAGGGGAAAUUGGAGAGCAAGGACCACAGGGAGCCAUGGGUUAUCCUGGUGAAAAAGGCGCCACAGGCUCCUCAGACAUCAUCGACUUCAAUGGAAAGCUUCUCGAUGCUUUCCAGGCCAUCAGCAUCAUCAGUGUUUCGGGCCCACCUGGACCUCCUGGACCCCCAGGCAUUGCCGGGGAAAAGGGUGAGCUUGGUUUACCUGGGCCAGCAGGAAUUGAUGGGGACAAGGGUCCUAAAGGGGACUUAGGUGAGACAGGGCCACCUGGUGAGAGAGGAGAGAAGGGAGAGAUGGGUCUCUCUGGGCCUGCUGGUAUGGACGGACACAAAGGAGAGAAAGGCGACUUCAGAAUGGAUGACAAUCUGGUUAGUAUUUCCCAGCCAGGCCCACCUGGUCCUCCCGGGCCACCUGGAUCCAUGGGGCUGCAUGGUAUGCCUGGUCCUAAGGGUGAGCCUGGAUUUGGGAUGAAGGGAGAGAAGGGGGAGUAUGGUGCUCCUGGACUCAGAGGAUCAGACGGUCCCCAAGGCGCGACUGGGCCUGCAGGGUUAGUGGGUCUUCCAGGUGCGAAGGGAGAAAAAGGCAGACCAGGAGAGCCUGGACUAGAUGGUUUCCCGGGUCUGAUGGGAGAGAAAGGUGACCGAGGGGAAAGAGGAGACAAGGGUGACAGGGGAGCAGUGGGAAAGAGAGGUCUAAAGGGCCAGAAGGGAGAGCAGGGUCCUCCAGGCCUGGACCAGCCUUGUCCUGUGGGAUGUGAUGAGAAUAAAGGUGUGUCUAAAGAGGCAGGGCUUUCUUCCCCUCCGCCUCCUCUUCCUCCUUCCGGCCCUGAGGCCCCCUGUCCUGUGGGACAGGAUGGGCUGCCCAUACCAGGCUGCUGGCACAAGGGGCAUUUUGAGGAAAUGGCGAGACAGAAGCUGAAACGCAAACGUCUCUCUCAGCCCUGAAGGGGUGCAGGCCUGGUGGAGAAAGGACACAUUAGACAGGCAGAGAGCACAAGGGGCAGAUUGGCCUUUAUGAAGCUGAGCAAGCCGAGUAAUGCCUCAGUGUCACACUGAACACUCAGAUCCUCUGUUAUGGAAAGUCUCCAGGAAAGGGCGACAGAGAACCCUGCAUUUCCACAUUCACCUGAGAAGAAAAGACACACCUGUGGCUGAUGAGGUUGCGCAAUAGCUUGAUAACCAAAGUUAUCUGGGAGUCACUGACGUCACUGGCACAUAAGGAAGAUUUUACUGCACAGGUACAUAGAACAAGUUAUGGUGGUCUCGUAUGGCUCUUUUGUAAAGGUUUUCACUCAUUAAAUGCAUGAUCAUAACGAAGCACAGUGUUGUUUAGCAUCCUGACAGCUUGUAUGACUUGUGGUCCCUCAUUGAAACCUCAAACAACGGUAGAUUCAUUGUCAUUUGCAACAAGCAGUCUUUAAUAGUGUUUCCAUUUGAACAAGCCACUCAAAAAAGUCAGUACCUUUUUAUGGCUUACACUUGUGGCAGUCCUGGCUUGUGUGUUGUUUUCUCUUGUUAUACUCUUACCUAUUUUUGUCCAGUUACAUUUUGCAUUCCUGUGCAUUGCCAUGUUUGUGGAAUAUAUAGCAAAACCUUAAGGCCAGAUUUGAAGGAACCAUUUACAGUAUUUGUGAUGAACCAGUGUUUCAGUUAACUUCACAAGUUAUUGCCAAUCAAAUUAUUUUUCUUAAUAAUGUUUAGUGUAACUGAUGCAUUUUGACUGAUCAUUUUCCUUUAAUCACUGAUGAAGACAUGUUACUGUUGCCCGUUUGCUCUCGGCAACAGUGUAACUUCUUGCUGCUGACUUAAAUGUGUGUUGUUCGUUUGAUAUUUUUGAAUCAAUAUUUGGGCUGAAGGACUAACAAACUGUAGAAUGAAAUUUGAAUCAAAUGUAAAAGCAACCAUUGUUUUUUGGGCAAUUUCUUAUUUCUAUUCAGCAGUACAUCUUAGGACAAUGGUGUACAGAAUAAUUGUCAGUUAUUUUUCAUUUUUGUGUGUGCUUUUUUCACUUGCCACAAAAGGUUUUUACUAUCAGAUGAUUUUUAUCGGUGUGUUUUGGUCUUUGUAAUACAUUUUUUCUCAGAUGGCAGAAUUUCUUGGUGCUUAAAUACUUUAAUGUUCACCUUUUUAAGGUUUAUUCUGCAUAUCUAUAUGCAAACACACACACAUGUCCACAGUCAUACAAGGAUCAUUGUCUGAAGGAAUUGCAAUUGGGUUUACUGAUGUACUAUUUUCAGAUAUAUGGUUUAAUGCAUACAGGACAGAGCUUACAUUAAAUAGUUAUGUGGCUUUGUUUACAUGGGCAGAAAUACAUACACAAUCAAAGUUUCUUAGUAGAUACCUGUAUAGUUGUAUUCUAUAUUGAUUGUAGUUGCACUUUUUGAUACAUUAUGAAUAGCAUUCAGCAAUAUAUAUUCUGGUUAAACGCCAGGCAUGACUGACUAGCAUCAUUUAUAUCAUUUUUUAAUUUUCAGCCUGAAUAUGAACAAUCAGAAUGUUUUAUUUGUUGAUUACAUUCAGUCACCAUCAACAUACAGGCUGCUGAACAUUGCUAAUAACUAUUAGCCACCACAAACAUAGCAACACUUCAAACAGGGUCAGUAUUCGCGUAGUUUUGACUACUUUUUCUUAAGUAUGAUUUUCAGACCGUCCUCACCCAAAAACGGCUGAUUCAGGUUGUCAUUGCAAGCAGUUUAUUGUGACCCAUAAUUACGUUUGUUGUUAGGCUGCAACUUCUUAGUGGCUGUAAUAAUUAUGAUGGGAUCAAAGAAGGAGGUCAGGUGAUGUAUUAUAAAGAGUGACAAACACAGGACUUUCAGCCAGGAGACCGCUAUCAUGUCCGGUGUGGAACCAUAAGCCAACUUGUACUAACUAUGUUAGUAUGUAACCACAUCACACAACGUAACUAUGUCACCUACCUAUUUUUAAACCACACCGUGAUCUUUUCCUUAACCUAACCAAGUUGUUCCAUUUCAGGUUAAGCAUGUGUUAAAAUCUGUUUCACAACAUUAAAUAGAAUAGAUAUAUGUUGUUGCGGGAGUCAUUGGAAAACUACCUGGUCAUUUGGGCAACAUAUUCCUGCAGUGGUGAUAGUAAUUGUAGGCCCGGUACAGGACUGAAAAGACGGUGUAUAACACAACUUCUUAUCAGCUUAAUUUGUUUUGUAUAUACAUGCCAAUACAUACAAAGCCAUUUCCAUGUCAGUGGGAUAAGUAUGAUGUAAAGUCUUGGUAAAUGUUUUAACUUUAGAGGGUUUUUAAGAAAGAUCACUACAUUACAUAUUAAGCUUAUACUGCAAUACUCAUUUAUAAAGUGAUUCUAGAAAUGUUUUCUUUAAAAUAACACAUCUGACUGAGACGUUAUAUUGAAAGAAGGGUUUAACUGUACACCACACAGUUCUCAGCAUUAUCUCACUGGAAGCUGAUGGUUAUCUGUCACUUAACAUUAUCACAUGUGUUUAUUUCUUUCGCAGAUUCUAUCAGUUUCAGUUUUAAUGGAGUCAAUAAAUGGCAACAUGUCUGAAUACACUUUGGUGUUUUAACAAGUUGUAUAUCACAGUAUUAGCUUGACUUUGUGAGAAUGUUUUUUUUUUUGGUUGUGUAUUUGGUUGUAAAAGAAUUAAGCUAUUUUUGUAAUAACUUGUCUUUAAAAAUGUAUAAGGUAAAAUCUGGUUAACUAAACAUGUAGACUGAAGUAAACUCCGGUUUUAUGUGUUUCCCUUUUGUUCAUUAAAUCAUAACCAUGUAAAA